CCUCCACACACACACACACACACACACACAAACUUUAGACGCCUGAAAACUCCUCCAAACGCCGUUUAGCACUUCCCAGAGGAUGGCGGAGGUUAUCUCCCUCAUGGACAUCGACGGCGAGAAUGACGACAGCCGGUUCCCAAGCCCCAACACCAAGGGCAAAAACGUCGUCGUUACAGCUGGUGCGGCGGACACCAAGGCCACCCCUUGGGUCGAGAAGUACCGUCCUCAGUCUCUCGACGACGUCGCUGCGCACCGUGAUAUUGUUGAAACCAUUGAUAGGUUAGCAAAUGGAAAAAGAUUACCCCAUUUGCUACUGUAUGGGCCACCAGGGACCGGGAAGACAUCUACAGUCCUUGCGUUGGCUCGUAAGCUUUACGGGAACCAAAUGCACAACAUGGUCCUGGAGCUUAAUGCUUCUGAUGAUCGUGGGAUUGAUGUAGUGAGGCAGCAAAUUCAGGACUUUGCGAGCACUCAGAGCUUCUCUUUUGGUGCAAAGUCAUCAGUGAAAUUGGUUUUAUUGGAUGAGGCAGAUGCCAUGACUAAGGAUGCACAAUUCGCUCUACGUAGAGGCAAGAACCUUUCACUUCUCUUACGGCUCUUGAUUGAGAAAUACACAAAGAGCACUAGAUUUGCUCUCAUCUGCAAUAAUGUCAACAAGAUCAUUCCAGCAUUGCAAUCGAGAUGUACACGGUUUCGUUUUGCUCCUCUUGACUAUGUUCAUGUCAUGGAGAGACUUAAGCAUGUCAUUAAAGCUGAAGGACUUGAUGUUCCUGAGAAAGGCAUGAAAGCUCUUGUACGGCUCAGCAAUGGUGACAUGAGAAAGGCUCUAAACAUUUUACAGUCAACACAUAUGGCUUCCCAGCAGAUCACAGAAGAAGCUGUGUACUUGUGCACAGGAAAUCCAUUGCCUAGAGACAUCGAGCAGAUUUGCCAUUGGCUCUUAAACGAACCUUUUGCCCAUAGCUGCAAAAGAAUCUCCGAAAUCAAGACUCGGAAAGGGUUAGCUCUGCUUGAUAUUGUGAGAGAAAUAACCAUGUUUGUUUUCAAGAUCAAGAUGCCACCAGAGAUUCGGAUUCCGCUGAUUAAUGAAAUGGCUGAUAUAGAGUACAGGUUGACUUUAGCAUGUAACGAUAAGUUGCAACUCGGGUCACUGAUUGCAGCCUUCACACGAGCCAGGGUUGCUCUAGUUGCUGCUGCCAAACAAUGAUGCAUAAUUUAACCGAUGCCUUAAUUUAAGGUUAGGAAAAAUCAGUCAUGUCUUUAUAUUGUACUAAAUUUUAUGCUAUAAAUCACAUUGUGUGGACAAGUACAAAAGUACAACUGCACAUGCAGGAGGUACGCAUGUUGGGCCAAGCUCUAAUAGGCCAAAAGUUGUAAAACAAAUUUUGCACCUUAUGUUUUUCAUUAUGGACCACCACAAUGAGCUGCUGAUAAGUACGUAAUAAUGUCUGUGUUGUACGUUUUUUAUGAACCAGAGUGUGAA